AGUGAAUAAGGAUCUCAGUUGUGAUUAAAGAUAAAUAGCUGAUAAAUAAAUGUUUGUAUUUCAGUGUUCAUGUUCACUUACAUUCAACGUUAAAAGGAAAUAUUGUAUAUAUGAAAAGAUGGCGGCAGUAGCAGACGACUUCUGAAAGAUUUACACUGAAGAAUGGCGGGAAGUUCGCCAAUCACUGAGAAGCGAAAAGCACGACGAAGAGAUAAUAUACCUUCUAAUGCAAAUUGUUAGGGGUGUUUACGAUUUCUGUCUAGAUGAAACAAAAGAUUCGCGCCAUAAAAAGAACAAAGAGAAGAAGGCAACAGAGGAACUGACCGAGACAUACCUUCACCAUAAAUUGCCACCAUCAUUCCACAGGGACCAUGUGACAAAUCCAGUUAGGUUGUUCGUACAUCGUUGUAUAGAAUGUUUGUAUCAAAUGUGCUUACUGAAACAUUCCCCAAUCUCUAUUCACUGGAUCCCCAAGGGAGAGGUCAUUGAUAAACAGAAGUUUGACAUAGAACGUGGUAAAGACGAACAUGUAUGUGACUGGACAGUGUGGCCUGCAGUUAUACAUACAGAUGGAACUGUAUUGAAGAAAGGGGUUGUCAUUCCUGUUUAA